UGAUGAUAACUUCAUACUCUUUGCUAUUUUUCUCUGAGAAACUCCUUUCUGAUAUUGCUCCACGAUUUUUUGCCGCAGCAUUGGGGGAAUUGGUGAUCCUCUACCCAUCUUGACUUCUGAGAGACACUCUGAGAGGCUCUUUUAAUACCCAAUCAUGUUGCCAAUUGACCUAAUAAGUUGCAAGUUGGUCCUCCAGCUGUUCCUUAUAUGUACAUUUAACUUUUCCGGCCUCUUAUUUCUACCUGUCACAACUUUUUUGGAAUGUGUAGCUCUCAGGAAAUCCAAAAUGAGCUAAUAUUUGGCAUGACAUUUCAAAAUGCCUCAUCUUCAACAUUUGAUAUGUUAUCUAUAUUCUAUUGUGAAUAAAAUAUAAGUUUAUGAAAUUUGUAAAUUAUUCCAUUCCUUUUUUACUCACAAUUUGUAGAGUGUCCCAACUUUUUUGGAAUUGGGUUUGUAUAACAACAUGGUAAAACCACUCAGAACACUUUAGCAACCAUGUAAUAACACUCUGGCAACCUUCCAGGAUACCCUACCAAAUACCAAGCAACCACACAGAACACCCUAACAACAACUUGGCACAUAGCAGCCAUCUUGAAUACAGCAGAAAUCAUAUAACAUGCUAAAAACCACCCCAGAACACUUUAGCAACCAUUUAAUAACAAUCUGACAACCUACUACAACUAGUUGCCAAGUUUUGAACAGCAAAACACCACUCAUAUUUUCUUUGGAAAAGUACAAAUCUUCUGUCUACAGGCAGAAAAUUUCAUCAUCAGACUUUAAGCUCUGUGUUAAUUCACAAUCUUGUUGCGUUAGAAACUAAGGAAAGAAACACUUUUGGUUCUCAUAAUUCACCACCAUAGAAUCCUUUUCUAUGGUUGUCACUCCCUCUCAUCAAUCUCCAUUAGUUUCGCCCCACCACUGCAGUGCACGGCACCUCUGCGCUGAUUGUACUCAAACACUGGUGAGGAGAGAGAGGAAGGGGGAGGAGAGAUAUGGAUACUGAGAGAGGAGGAGAAGAAGGAGGGGGAAAUGGAAGCCAGGAAUAGCAGGUUGGACAGAUGUGCCGAGUCAAGAGCUGGUGUUGCCAUCCAAAUCCCGGAGAACAGGCACAGAAUCAUCAUGUAGAGCUUCAAAGCUGAAGAACGAUAAUGACUGCAGUUGUUAAGGAUCAACCUCAAACAGAUAUGUGAGAAGAGCAGAGGGAUGCUGUGAAGACAAAGCAUCUAUUUCCAGCCGCUGUCGUUGUAACAAUCCACAUCUCAGGAAACAUGUAUGCCUUCUAUUCUCUGCUGGUGUACAUCUUCUACACCGUUUUCAAAAAGGAGGAGGAGGCAGAACUCGAAGGGGCGUGCGGAGAAUCCUCGGAGGAGCCUGGCCAUGUUUCCAUGGAAACAGAGAGCAAGGGGAAGGGUAGCCACACCCCCAGGUUGGGCAAAAGAGGGUGUGCAAAUCUGAGUGAUUCGAGCAGCAGUAGUGAUAGCGAUGGGACGCCCCUUAGUGAUGACGAUGAUGAGGUUGAUGAAGGUCAUGGAUUACCUGCCAAAACACCAUUAACAGCUUUCCUGUCUUUCAAGCAAGAGGCAGAAAGGCGAAGAGCCACUAAUUCUCCAGCAGAACCAAAUGAAAAGGUGACAGAGUCUCCAUUGCUGUCUGUGAUGUCACACCUCCUAAGUUUUCUGGAGCAGUAUUCCCAUCUGCAACAGCUGCAGCAGCAGGCGGAUCAGUACCGUCUGCAGCUGCGCAGACACCGCGUCCAGCACCGGCGGAAAAUGAAGGCCCUGCGUGCCUCCUACCACCAGCGCCUCAAAGACAAGAACAGUGUGAUUAACAGCCUGGAGGAAGUGAUUGCUCAGCAGCAGAGCCCAUCUUAUGAAAAUGAGGGUGACUGCAUGCUUCCUGCAGCGUCUCCGGUUGGGCUGCAUAAUUUGGUUCAGUCUCUUUGCGGGCUGCAAGUAGAAAAGAGUCAGCUGAGAGGAGAGCUGCGAUUGCUUCAUUCCCAGCUUGAGCAGAGAGAACGAGAUCGCCAUACUAACGUACAGGUUUUCCUACAGCAGAUAGAGGAGCUGAAGAGCUGUAUUGAAGAAAGAGAAGAGGAGCUGUCCAAACUCAGAGUUGCAUCGGGAGUAACAGACUCAGAAAAACGAGUGCUUUGCUUAUCAGCAGAGAACGAGAGUUUGAAACACAGCCUCACAGUGACACAGGGUCUUCUGCAGCAGCUGUCAGUCAUCCCAUCCCAGUCCAGCUCUGUGCUCAUCAAGGAAAACGAGAACCUGCGCAGUCGCGUUCUGCAGCUGGAGAGUUCACUGCAGCAGCGAGCGGAGCAGCUGUCACAUCUGGAGCACCAGAGGGAGCAAAGCGACUGGAGAAAAGCAGAAGAGCUCAGGAGACGAGAGGAGAGCGUGAGAGAGCUGCGGCUCGAAUUGGACAAAGAACGCAACAAGGAGCCUGUAGUUAAAUAUGUUACCCAAACUGUGGAGGUAGAGUCUCCUUCAACUCUUCGCCAACUGUCCGAAGCCAGAAAACAGAAUGAACAGCUUUCUGAGAAGCUAAGCAAUCAGAGAGAACGAUGCCGACAAUUGGAGGAGAACAUCCGGCAUUCAGAUGAAGUCAGCUGCAAUUUGCAACACAAGAUUGCUGCAUAUGAGAGGGAGAUUGGGACAUUAAGAGAGGAGCUGCUGAAGGAGAUCGGACAUCUUGAGGAAAAGAAAGAAGCGGCUGUAAAAGCAGCAGCUAACUGCUCUCAGGAGCAUCUCCAGAGCCUGCAGGAUCAGUUCACAACCCUCCAGAAGCGCCUGAGUGCUCUGCCCCCCACAUUACGCACCAUGAAGACCGAUUAUGCCAGCCUUCGCACCCAGGUCCGCAACUUUUCUGACUUCUACGGAACGGCUAUCAAAGAAGCCAAGAAACAGAUUACGGCAGCUAUAAAUGAGAUGUCAGAGGCCAACAAAGACCUUUUGGAAAAAUAUAGAAAGGAGGUAGCUCUCCGCAGGAAGUACCACGAGCAGCUGGUUGAGCUUAAAGGUAAUAUCCGUGUGCUGUGCCGUGUAAAGCCAGUACUGAAGGAAGAUCAACAUGAAGAAGGCCAAGCAGUAGUUGUAACAACAGACCCCAAUAAUGAAUCUGCACUCACAGUUUUAAGCAAAGGAAAGGCUAAAAACUUUGAGCUGGAUAAAGUUUUCCACCCUCAGGCCACUCAAGAAGAGGUGUUCCAGGAAAUUGAGCCACUCAUCACAUCCUGUAUAGAUGGAUAUCACGUUUGCAUCUUUGCUUAUGGCCAGACAGGAUCUGGCAAGACCUAUACUAUGGAGGGAACUGUUGAGAGCCCGGGCAUCAACCAACGAGCCCUGAAACACCUCUUCAAUGAGAUUGAGGAAAGGAAAGACAUGUGGACAUACACCGUUAGUGUCAGCUCGGUGGAAAUUUACAACGAGGUCCUGAGAGAUCUGCUCACUAAGGAUGGAGAGAAACUUGACAUCAAGAUCAACCCUGAUGGGACGGGUCAGCUUCAUGUGCCAGGACUCAGGGUCAUGGAGGUCAAAAGCUUCCAGCAUAUCAAGAAAAUUUUAGCAAUAGCUCGGAAGAACAGGAUUACAUUUGGAACACAGAUGAACCAGCAUAGCUCUCGAUCUCAUGCCUUGCUUACUGUGACUGUGCUGGGCACAGACCUUGCCAGUGGAGCCAAAACCACAGGCAAGCUGAAUCUCGUGGAUUUGGCUGGUUCUGAGAGGGUGUGGAAGUCUGGGGCAGAGGGGGAGAGACUGAAGGAAGCCCAGAAUAUCAACCGCUCACUGCUGGCUCUUGGAGAUGUGAUCCAGGCCUUGAAGGCCCACCAGACUCACAUACCCUUCAGGAACUCACGCCUCACCUACCUGCUGCAGGACUCACUGGGAAAAGGCAACAAAACCGCCAUGGUUGUUCAGGUUUCUUCUCUUCAGAGCAAUGUUGGAGAGACCUUGUGCUCGCUAAAAUUUGCCGAGCGAGUGUGUAAGGUGGAGCUAGGCCCUGCUGCAAGAAAAAUCGAGACGGGGGGACAUAUCGAAAGCAAAAAUUAAUGCAUACCAUCAACCCUCACAAGUAAACACCAGAAAUGGUGUCAACUCGAGCCUUGCACUUUUCCAAUCCUACUCAAGGGCUACAGUUCUGGAACCAUCUCUAAUGCCACAUAAGUUCCAGAUUCUUCCUGCUACCUAACGAUGGCUUUUCUGCACCAGCUGAUCUGCAUGUCAAAGUCUCACCAACACCGCCAAUAUCUAGACAAGCUCUUUGUGUCACCAUAAAUUCAUAAUAUCACAGAAAAUUCUCCACAGGGAAGACUGGUGAUGAUAUUUCAGUAAAUCUUGCAUAUAUAUAUAAAACCUUUGUGGAUACACUACACAAGAGGCCACAGUUUCUUAAUUGUGUAAUGCUUUAAGUUUCUAAUGAUAUUUACUCAAAAACCUUUAAAUUGUUUGGUAUAAUAUAUAGUCUAGGAAAUAAUGGCCAAAUUAUGUUUUUUGUGUGUGUGUGUAUGGUUGGUGUGAUCUUCUAUGAUUGUUAUGUGUUGAACCAGCCAAUCUGUCUUUUAUUAGGUUCAGAGGAUGUGAGUUCAGCCAAAUUGUACAAGAUAAGCAUUUGCUGAUUUUAUUUCUCUGACAGAGGUGGUGGCUUAGCAUUUCAAGAUCCAAGCUAAUAAGGUCUCAUUUUCAACCACUAGGGCCUCGUUUAUAAAGUGUUCGCAUGCACAGAUUUGAUUUUAGUGUGUGUGUGCACUUAAAUCCACACCAAGAUUAGUUGCGAUUUAUAGCCUAUGCUGCAUUUACACUUUGCAUUAACAAGCGAUCACCGUGAUCCGAUCAAAAAGUUCGGAUCAUCAGUAAUUCAGAACAUGGGGAGUUUAAAAUGGAACGCAUCAUCUGACUUUUCUGGAUAACUGAUUGGAUCAGUUUUUCCCACGCAAUAUUUAAACAAGUCUGUAGAGAAUUGUCCGGUACAAAAUCAACCUGAAGUGGUGGUAGGUUUUCUUUUGAAAAGCGUUUUCGGUCGCGGGACACACAAUGCGUCCUCGACUAGCUCUGGAGCAGGACACGCUGAUCGGAUAACAUUCCGAUCCAAGGUGUCUGUGGACAACAUCCGGAUACAGGUCGCAUGUUAAUGCCAAGUGUAAACGCAGUCAUAUACGUCACAUCUGAAAGAGAGGCGUACGUUCAUUUUAUGAAUCGCAAUCGCAUGUACGCGUAUUUGAGAGAUGAUCGUAAGAUCAAUUUUAGGAUGCUUUCUGCGCAACAUUUUAUUAAGUAAGCCCCUAAAACGGUGAUUCAUGAACUGGCAGAUUUUUUAGUUAUUUGAUAACAC